CAAAAAAGAAGUGUCUCAUGCAUGUUUUUAUUAAUUGUCAAUCUAGUGUUUUGAAGCUGUUAGUGUUGAGAACACUGGCUGAAGUGAAUUUUAACAAAUUAAAGCAAUAUUUUACGGACCAACGCUAGAAUUUCAUGUCACAUAAGUAAUAGAACAUUAAUGCAGCAUGUCUGUCUCAAGUAAAAGUGUUUAAAAUCGUAUAUUUCGUCCACCCGGUAACCUCAAAUGUGAUACUCUACCAUGUCCGAGUCUUCGUGCUAUAUCCUCGACAAUGGGGGCUAUACAGCCAAAGUGGGCUUCUCUAACCAGGAGCCGAAGGUUGUACCCAACUGUAUUAUGAAGGCGAAGUCCGAGCGCCGCCGGCCUUUCAUAGGAUCUCAGAUUGACGAAUGCAGGGACGCGUCAGGUCUCUUCUACAUUCUACCAUUCCAGCGCGGCUUUUUAAUAAACUGGGACACUCAGAAAACCGUUUGGGACUACAUGUUUAGUAAAGAAUGUUGUCCAGUCAACUUUAGCGACACUCCUUUGAUAAUAACUGAGCCUUUAUUCAACUUUUCUUCAAUUCAAGAGGCGAUUACCGAGAUUUUCUUCGAGGAAUACGAUUGUACGUCAUUAUUAAGGAUUAAUGCGACAGAUUUGGCUGAAUACAACUACCGGAAGACUCAUAAUAACAAGUGUACUGUUGUGGUUGACUCUGGAUACAGUUUCACUUACAUAGUGCCUUAUAUCAAUGGCAAGAAGUACCGGGACGGCAUAAGAAGGAUAGAUGUAGGUGGCAAAGUGUUAACUAAUCAUUUAAAGGAGGUUUUAUCAUACCGGCAGUUGAAUGUGAUGGAUGAGACUUAUGUUAUUAAUCAAGCGAAGGAGGAUUCUUGUUUUGUGUCCCAAGAUUUUAUGCAGGAUAUGGCGAUUGCUAAGAAAAAAGGUUCAGAAAACACGAUAGUCAAAGACUACGUGUUACCCGACUACACGUCCAUCCGUCGCGGUUACCUGCGCGACAUCGUAAAACCAGACGAGGAUCUAGAACAGCAGACCCUCAGACUCAACAACGAGAGGUUCUCCAUACCCGAACUCUUGUUCCACCCAUCAGACGUCGGCAUCCCGCAGAUGGGAAUACCAGAAGCGAUUAUGCACUCUAUAGCAGCCUGCCCUGAAGAAAAUACGGAAAAUUUGCUUGAGAACAUAGUUUUAUACGGCGGGAAUGUGCUUUUUCCAGGUUUUCGUGAUCGCGUUUAUAACGAAGUGCGAUCACUCGCGUUGGAUCAUUUUGAUGUGAAUGUCACUAAGGCCGAUAAUCCUGUGACAUACGCGUGGGAGGGUGGGAAGCAAAUUUUCAGAGAUCCCGAUUUCUAUUCGUUCUGUGUUACUCGUGAAGAGUAUGAGGAGGAAGGGAAGGCGCUGGCGUUCGAGAGAUUUGAUAUUUAGCGGCGCAAGCGAGCGCGGCGGUCUUCGGAGUAGCGCGCUCGGUAAAAUUUGUGGUUGUCGGAGUAAAGACAAUAUGGCAGUGAAUUGUUGUGAAGGAUAGCGGUAAUUUAUGAUGUAAUUGAUGAGAAUAAUGUUUCGGAAUAAAAUUAUAUUAUACUGAA